UUUUACCCCAAUUUAUUUUGCUGUGUCUGUCUGAUAUCGUUAUCUUACAUUAUCUUGUGAUUACAUACUAUUUAGUACUUAGUAGCAAUAUAGCCAAAGUUAGAUCUCGAGAGAGAAUAUUCCUUUUGGUUACUUGGAUGAAAACUAUCAUAGAAUAAAACAUAACAAAGGGAACAGAGCUAUUUAAAAGAGAUAACUCAAUGUUUAUUGAGGCUCAAUUUUUGAAAGCUAAGGAACAACCCUACCUGAGCUUCAAAAGCCAAGAAGCUGUUGUAAUUUGAAGUAACGCAGAGCAGUUUUGACAUUAAAUACCACCGGUGCUGCAACAUUACCCUUAACAUGCAGAUUGCAUUCAUUCUCAAUUAGAACUCAAGGACCGCAAACAGGCAGAAAAUUUGUUUCUAAUUAGGAAACUAAAUACAAUGUGAACCGCGUUUUUGGGGGAAACAAGGCGGGUGCCAAGAUGUGAACAUGCGAUCUUUCCAGAGAUGGCCUGCAUAUCUCUAAAUGAGAGUUCUGUUGACCCUUGCUAUGAAAUAUUACACAUGAAAAUGGUCCGAGAAUUUAAGAAACUGCCUACUAUUCCUGGACCUUAGCUUCUUAUUAAAAUACGUCUUCUCGUAAGCAACUUUGGGUUCAUACUUCUUGAGACAUGUUUAAAGUGUCCCUUAAAAUUCUUAAUAUAUUGCUGGGAUUUUUUUAAGACGUUCGAUCGAUUGGGGUUAUUUUUUCACGAUUAAAUGCUUCCUAAUCAUAAACUACAUGUAUGUUAAUCUUAAGGAAACUUUUGUUUACCGGUCUCUCAUAUAAGGCUCGCUGUCGUAUAGGUUGAGCUGUACGUGCUUAGAACAGGACAGUUCUUCUAAAAGUUACUUCUAAAACAUUGAAAGCAUUUUAGAACUGUCCUGUAAGCAUUUCAGAACUGCGUGUAUAUAUAAUAUAUCAUAUAAUUGCAGUUGCACAGUCCUGACAUGAAGGUUUCAUGUUGUUUCUGCUUCUGCAGCUCUGCACACUACUUCUGAUAAUCUUCUCCAUUCUUUGCGGUCCUUUGCUAUGGAUCGUAUCUUUUCAAAAUCUCCAUCGUUCUUCAUAUUCGGUAAUGGAAAAUACCUUUUCAUUGCUCUUGCUCUGGUGAUAUCUUUAUUUAAGGUUGUAUCCAUUUAUUUAAGGCUCUGAAUCCCUCCUCCGAUCCCUCAAAGUAAAAUCUCAUUGCCUUCACAGCUGGUGUAUCGUAGGCCCUCGUGUAGUUUUGUUUCUUGCAAACAGCAACCAUCAAGUUUGUACUUUUCCAAAUCAUCUGCGAGAUUUUUUUUUUAAAUUCUUGGCGUAAACCUCUAACAUUAAAUGUUGCUAGAUUGAAGACUGAUUUCAUCCCUUAGUUUGCAUGCUAUAGACUUAAACUGCGUGUAUGUAAAAUUUUAAUAUUAUUUCUAUGCUGCCAAAUUGAAUUAGGCCACAUCGUUGCUUAUUCGCGAUAUAUACGCUUCUUUAGCAAUUAAGCAGUAUUUUGCUUUUUAUUGUGUCUAGAAAGACACCCUUACAAUUUCGCCCAAUUAUAUCGUUGGUCUUCACCUUGUCAUUGCCCUGCAAUCAGUUGCUGCGAAGCAACUUUAACUGAUCUUGUGUAUUGCAAUUAUGACGUCACAUUAAUCAUUCGUCUGGUAUUUGAUUGCAUACAUAGCAAAUCUCCUCACAUUCGUUUCUUGUUCGAUUACAGUGAGGUGUAUUCGUGAGUUUUUUCGGAAAAUCGUACGUGCCCACUAGAGCAUAUCUAGUAUUUUUUGUUCGUUUCAAGUCGGAUUGACGCCAUGAGGCGCUCAAGUUGCCAAGAGGAAAAAGUUCCUCAACGGAACAUUGAAGCCGAAGAUGGUGGACACUUGCCUUCUGCAUCUUCUUUAAGCCUCUUCAGCCAGAAAGACAUUCGAAGAAAGAAGUCUGUUCGCUUUUGUGAUUCAGUAUCCAAGCUUGACGAUCUGCAGGGGAUAAUGCAGAAAUUCCAGCACGUUUUGGGUGAUAUCAAAUGGCUGGAAUCGACUCUCGAGUCUUUAGAAGCACCUCUGCGUGCCAAUGGAUCUGGCACUGAAAAGCUGCUUUUGGAAUCUAUGGUUGAUGUCAGGAAGCUGGAGCAGGCUAUUGCCAAGAAAAGUAAUGAAGCUGUUUGGGAGAAUAUUCGCAAUGAAGAGAUGAAAAUGCGUUGCGAUGACACCGAGUUGAUGGGAAAUAUAGAACCUUUGAUCAGCUCCUUCACCAUGGAAAGCUUCGAAGCAUACCUGCGUGAGAUGGAACAUAGAAGAGAGCGGUUGAUAGCAAGCGUGAGUAAGCUCGAGCUCAUUUUAUUGGAAGACAAGGAGCUAAGAGAAUUUGCUGCAAGACGCUCUUCAGGGGCUGAAAAGCAGGUUGCCAGCCAGAGGUUGAGAGAGGAGAAGGACACUGCCAUUGCUAGUGAUGAUUUGUCUUCGAAGUCAAGCAGUGAAGUCAAGCUGUUUACGGAUGGCAGUGAUGCACUAAUGGGAGAGAGUCACAAAAUGGAAGCUGCUAAUGCUCCUGAAGAUGGCCAGAAACAGGUUCUAAUGGAAGUGACAAAAUCCAAAGUGUCUCAAGCCCGGGAGGUGCAAGCCGAAAGCAAGAUGCCAGCCCAAGAUUUUGAGUUGCAGCAAAGCAUGAAAAGAAAACUGGUGCUGGAACUGAAAGAGGUGCUUGGAGACAUAUUCUAUUUGGAAGCCAGGCAGACCAAAUUGGAAGUUCCAUACCUAAGAAAGGUUUUUCCAUCGAAGGAAUCACUUGUUGAGUCACUUCUUCUGCUAAAGAUACGCGCUCAGAUGCGUCUGCGGAGAAAAGAGAAAGCCCUGAUGCAAAAGAUGAUUCGUGAAGAAAAGGAGGAAACCCCAUGCCAAGGUGUAUCCCCCUCUGCCAAUAAAAGAGUGAGAUAUCUCCAGUUAGCCUAUAAAAGAAAGCUGGAGAGAAGAGAGUAUCUACGAAGAAGUGUCCGUAGAUUGGAACUCCUCCAGUUGCCAUCAAAACAAGCAGAGAUUUUGCCAACACCUGAAAGCCAAGAGAAGGGCCUGCUUGAUAAUGAAAAGGCUAUGUCUGUGGAACCAGUAUGUGACCCAGGACAGUUGGCCAUGCCAGAUAGUUUGGAGACUGCGAAGAAUGGUGAAGAUCUACUAGAUAUCUCCGCAGUACCAAAGGGUGAAGAGUGUAAUAAAGAUGUAUGCCUUCGUUUGACGGAUUUUGAAAGACGUGGCACUGCUCGUCAAGAGAGAAUGUCCCGCAGAAACCGCAAGGCCAACAGAAGUGACAAGGAUGGUGCACCUGCGGCUGUACCACGCUCUAAGAGUGAAAGCCUAUUCUCUGAUGCCCCUGUUGCAAGCUCUAGUGUUAUGAUGCCAUUGAAUGAUGCUCCAGAACGGGAACCACCGUGCUCUCAUGGACCAGAGUGUCUCUUGCAGUUUGGAGAUUUUGAUCCUAUAUGUACCAAGAAGGACCCUCUGCUGUUUGUGGGGGAAUUCAGGAUUCCUGCAGAAGACUGGGAUGCAGAAUGCAGUUUAUCCAAUGGUAACGCAGUCAGCAGUGCAUUGAUCCCUGAAGUUGGUGCAGAGAAUGGCCAUUCUGAUAAUGGUGAUGUUGUAGCCAACGAUAGUGCUGCCAACGCAGGGUCAGGGACUGGUAAUGGCACAAUAUUUGCGCCAGAGGGAACAAGUGUCCUUGAUCUUUCAAGAAAUGCUGCUGCAGAGAAGGAAGUUUCACGUGACAAUGAGGUACAUGGCAGUACAAGUAAUACUAGAGCAGCAAAUGAGAGGGCAAGUGCCAAAAGGCUGGAUGCUGCCAAAGUGAAUUCGACAAGUGCUGUUGAUAUAGCUAAUGAGAGCAUCAUUUCUAAUGCCAAUCAGGUAUCAAAACGGCUGUUGUCUCCCGUUGCUGCCAACGAGGAAACUGAAAUUAAUGGCCUAGCCUCUGCUGAUGCGGAGUUGGCAGACCUGCAACAUUGUGAGCUGCCAAGAAUUGCAAGCUGGGCUGAUCACGUAGAAGAGAAUGAAAUCACAAACAACGAGCCACAUGUUUUGCCAGCAGUUCCAGACAAGGACAUCACCAAUCCUGAUCUAAAGCCACCUUAAUGUUAUGGCAAAGAUUUCAUGGCUGAUUCAUUCAAUUUUGAGGACAUUAUGAAUAGUCAUGAUUGCUGUAAUUAUUUAGUUAUGAUUUGUGUUAAUGUUUAUUUUGAUGUGUUCCAAUUGACUCUUUUCUUUUUCAUUCCCUAUCAUUAUUUCUAUAGGCAGUUAGAUGAUGUUUCCCCUUUUUCUAAGCGAAAGUUCAAUGGUAAAUCCCACAAGAAACAGUAGCAAAACUCUGGUAUUUUAAAAUAUCUUGUAUAAGCAACCGUUUUUGGGCGAUACCAUAUAUCCCACCAAUAAUGUUACGAAAAGUAUCGUUAUGGAAAUGGUAUUUUUAAAAGGUUUGUAUUUUCAAAACUCAAAAAAUAGAAAUUUCAGCCAAGGGGCACAAAAAUAUUUUUUAUUCAUUGUUGAUCCGAGAGAUCAUUCACUUAUAAAAAUCUGAGACCAAAUGUGUUU